AUGGAGACUCCGGAGUAUAUCAUCAACAUUUCUUCAGACGAAGAAGACGUAGACGACAAUGAUCUUGAAAUCAUUGAGUUCCGAAAGCAAACUCAGAAUCUUAUAGACAAUCCGGAACAGCCACAGCACCACAUAACUAAGAAGCUAGCGGAGGUACAAUGUCCCAUUUGCUUUGACGAAGUGACCAUGGCCACUUCCACGUCGUGUGGGCACAUUUUCUGUCUCGAAUGUAUACAGCAGAGUAUAUCCAGUUCACAUGCCCGGGGCCAGGUUAGAGGCAAGAGAGGCUCAGGACUAUGUCCACUUUGUAGAAAGAAUAUUUCGUUUAAGGACACAAUAGUCCUACGUAUGAAGCUUGCGACAACUAUGGGUAUUCCGGAAUUACCCCCC